AUGUGGCAACUAAUAAAACCCAGUUUACAAAAAAAAAAAACCGAAGCUCCAGUAUCCUUGCAGCGUUCCCGGUCCAUGUCGCCGUGACCCAGUUCUGAUUCUGCGUGUCCGUCAAUUUUCUCUCUCUUUUGAUUUGGUUCUGCGCCCGAUUAUCCUCCACCCCACGCCACACCGAACUUGCAGUGUUCAGUGCUCUUUCAUAAAGAGAGAAGGGAUCUCUGAGAGAUUCAGCAGAUCCAUUCUCAGCAAACUAAGCUUCAUAAUUAGUUUUGCGGACGAUCGCAGCAUGGACACCGACCACCUUGCCAUAACGAGGCCCAUUUUGUCGGACGACGAGGUGCGUGCAAGUAAAGCUCGGGAGGAGGUACACAACAAGGCCAGGCACCGCUCUGAAAGUGCAGUAAAAGUCAUCUUGAGCCUGCAAUUCCUGGAGGUCACUGCUUUCUUCGGGGUCUACCUCAGCCUGAUAGUGUAUCUCCAGGACGUUCUGCAUGGAGACAGUGCUUCGAACGUGUCGACCGUCAGCUCUUGGGCGGGAGUCUGCUACCUCAUGCCCGUGCUCGGCGCCGCCAUCGCCGACUCGUACUGGGGGAAGUACAAGACCACGUUGGUCAGCCUCUCCAUUUCUGUCCUCGGAAUGGCCAUGCUCACCACAUCAGCCACGCUGCCGUCUCUGAGGCCCCCGCCGUGCGCGCACAACGGGCACUGCCCACCGGCGACGCCCACCCAAUCGCUGCUCUUCUUUUCGGGCAUAUACCUUUGCGGCAUCGGGAUCGGCGCGUCCAAGGCGGUCUUCAUCUCGUUCGCGGCGGAGCAGUUCGACGACGACGCGUCGGAACGUGGGGCGGGCUCGAAGUCGAAGGCGUCCUACUUCAGCUGGUACUACGCGGUGGCCAACAUGGGCAUGCUCACCGCGGGGACGCUGCUGGUUUGGGUCCAGGACAAGGUCAGCUGGGGGCUCGGCUACGGCAUCUGCGCGUCCUUGGUCGCGGCCGCCGUCGUCAGCCUCGCCGCCACGGCGCCCGUGUACCGGAUGCUGCCUCCGGCGGGGAGCCCGUUGAAAGGCGUGCUCCAAGUGCUCGUUGCCUUCUCUCGCAAGGUAAAACUGACGGUUCCUCGUGAUGCUGGUGAAUUGUACGAGGGGGAGGACGUCAAGAACCCGUCGCUGCAUUCUCCUGCGCGCGAACGGUUACAGCACACGGACCAGUUCAGGUGCCUGGACAGGGCUGCCAUUGUCACCGCCGAGGACCUGGAAGACGGCGACCAUCGGCCAUGGACGCUGUGCACGGUGACGCAGGUAGAAGAGCUCAAGACUCUGCUGCGGCUGGUCCCGAUCUGGCUCACCUCAGCCGUCUACUUCGUGGCCAACACGCAGGCGCAGACCACGUUCGUGCAGCAGGGCACCAAGACGGACUCCAGGAUAACAAUCGGCGCCGUCUCCAUCUCCAUCCCGGCAGCGUCUCUAACCUCCAUCCAGACGGUGUGCGCCGCGGCCUUCGUCGCGCUCUACAACAGGGCCGUCGCGCCAGCCGCGCCCUUCAAGCCGCUGCAGCUCAUGGGGCUCGGCCACGCCACGGCGGGCAUCGCGGUGGCCAUGGCCGCGUGCACCGAGGCGCGCAGGCUGCGGAUCGCCAUGGAAGGGGAGUCCGCAGCGGCAGCAGCCAUGGGCAUCGCGUGGCUGCUGCCGCAGUACGUGGUGAUGGCGGUCUCGGACGCGUCGCUCUCCGUGGGGCAGCUGGAGUUCUUCUACGAUCAGGCGCCGGCGACGAUGAGGGGCGCGUCCACGGCGUUCUACUUCCUGUCGCUGUCGCUCGGGAACCUGAUCAACUCGCAGCUCGUGACGCUGGUGGCGUCCGUCACCGCGGCAGGGGGCAGGACGGGCUGGUUUCCGCCGGAAUUGGAUGAUGGUCACCUGGAUUAUUACUUCCUGCUCGUUGUGGCCGUCGCUGUAGUGAACUUUGCCGUUUUUAUUGCCCUCGUCAGAAACUACACGCCCAAGAGGGUUAGAUGAUCGAAUUGAUUUUUCUUCUCCUCGCAGUCUGCAUUCUCGAUGUGACGUAAGAAGAAAAUGAGUGAGCCUGGAAUGUGUGAUUAUACUAACGAGAAGGUUAUUUCUCA